CGCUGUUAGCCGUCGCUGCCCCACGCCUCGCUGAAGAAGCUCCUCCUCGGUCUCUCCGGCUUUGUACCCAGAGCUGAACCCACGCCGCCGCUGACUUCUCCAGGAUUCAGGGGCUGCUAAACAUCGGAAAAUGGCUCUCCACGUCCCCAAAGCUCCGGGCUUUGCCCAAAUGUUGAAGGAUGGCGCCAAGCACUACUCGGGGCUUGAAGAGGCUGUCUACCGUAACAUCAGAGCCUGUAAGGAGCUGUCUCAGACCACACGCACCGCCUAUGGGCCGAACGGUAUGAACAAAAUGGUCAUCAACCACUUGGAGAAGCUGUUUGUCACCAACGACGCGGCCACGAUUCUGAGAGAGCUCGAGGUGCAGCAUCCAGCAGCCAAAAUGAUCGUGAUGGCGUCCCACAUGCAAGAGCAGGAGGUCGGGGACGGCACAAACUUUGUCCUGGUGUUUGCCGGAGCUCUGCUGGAGCUGGCUGAAGAGCUGCUCAGGAUGGGCCUGUCUGUGUCAGAGGUGAUUGAAGGCUACGAGAUGGCGUGCAAGAAGGCGCUGGAGAUCCUACCAGACUGCGUAUGUUCUUCAGCCUCAAACCUCCAUGAUGUGAAGGAGGCCACGUCCCUGAUCCGUACAGCAGUCAUGAGUAAACAGUAUGGCAAUGAAGACUUCCUCGCCGGCCUCAUUGCAGAUGCCUGUGUAUCCAUCUUCCCAGAGUCCGGCAAUUUCAAUGUUGAUUGCGUCAGAGUCUGCAAGAUUUUGGGUUGUGGGGUGAUGACAUCCUCCAUGCUUCAUGGCAUGGUUUUUAAGAAGGAGGCAGAAGGAGACGUCACAUCUGUUAAAGAUGCAAAGAUUGCUGUCUACUCCUGCCCCUUUGACUCCAUGGUGACCGAGACCAAGGGCACAGUGCUGAUCAAAAAUGCUCAGGAGCUCAUGGACUUCAGUAAGGGAGAGGAGGAUAUGAUGGAGACUCAGGUGAAGGCCAUCAAGGAAGCUGGUGCCAACAUAGUGGUCACUGGAGGGAAGGUGGCCGACAUGGCGCUGCACUAUGCCAACAAGUACAAGCUCAUGGUGGUGAGGCUUAAUACCAAAUGGGACCUCAGGAGGUUAUGCAAGACUGUGGGAGCUGUAGCACUGCCCAGGAUGAUGGCUCCAACCCCCGAGGAGAUGGGUCACUGUGACGAUGUGUACCUUACAGAGGUGGGCGACACGCAGGUGGUGAUCUUCAAACAUGAGAAAGAAGACUGUGCCAUCUCAACGGUGGUAAUCAGAGGCUCCACUGACAAUCUGCUGGACGACAUCGAGAGGGCCGUGGAUGAUGGAGUGAAUACCUUCAAGGUUCUGGUCAGGGACAAGCGACUGGUACCAGGAGCAGGAGCCACUGAGAUCGAACUGGCCAAACAGCUCACUUCAUACGGAGAGUCCUGCCCUGGUCUGGAGCAGUACGCCAUUAAAAAGUUUGCUGAAGCCUUCGAGACGCUGCCCCGUGCGCUGGCUGAGAACUCUGGUGUGAAGGGGAGCGAGCUCAUCUCGAAGAUGUACUCUGCACAUCACGAGGGAAACAAAAACAUAGGCUUUGACAUUGAGGGAGAAGGCCCCGCAGUAAAGGACAUGCUGGAAGCUGGCAUCCUGGAGCCUUACCUGGUCAAACACUGGGGCAUCAAACUGGCCACCAACGCUGCCAUAACAGUACUGAGAGUUGACCAGAUCAUCAUGGCUAAGGCUGCAGGGGGACCCAAGGCUCCCAAGCAGAGAGGCCAUUGGGACAAGGACGAUUGGGACGAGGCACCAGAUAAUUUUCAAACUCACCAUUAGAGGGCGCACACAAACUCCCUCUGUCAGUAGGUCCUGGAAUAUCAUCAUGGCCAAACCAGCAGGGGGACCCAAACCUCCCCAGGGCAGGAAGGACUUUGAUGACGACGACUAAAAGGAGACGACAUCCAGCCGAUGCACCUUUCAACCCUGAACGCUCCCACAUGGAUUCACAAACCUCUUUUCUACUUGUUUAUUUAAAGUUCAACAGUUCGGUUUAUUUUGUUUAGAUGACCAUGCAUUGGUUAAAAAAUGAUUAUGUGAAAGUAAAAUGUAUGGAUGGCACUGUUUUGCUUCUUUUGUUCUGAGUCCCAAAUAAAAGGCACUUGGGCUGUCA